GAUAUUUGAGGUCAGGAUCAGCACGGACUGCCUUAAAAACACCAAGAACAAGAAGAGUUUCAGUGCUUCACAGCAGGUCUCAGACAUAAACCUGAACCAGCAGAGUCCUGCAGAGAUGUUUGGGUGCCCUGAGCCUAACCUUCGGGCACAUCCUCUGGGCUCGAUGGCUCGAGACAUCUGUCCCUUCCCAGACUACACCCCCAGUCCUCUUUUCACCAACAUGAUGUCCGUGAACUCCUCUGUUAACCUGAGGAACCACUACACGGCCUUGCAGUCCUCCCUGAGCCCUGAACAGCUGGAGGACUUCACCCGGAGCCUGAGGAGGACGUUUGGUUCAGAGGGCAGGGUGUCCUACGGCGGGAUGGGGGUGGUGGCUCUGUCCCUGGCUGUGCUCUUCGACACGCUGGCUAAACAGGCCAAAGGAGAGCGGGUGCCAGAUUCAGGACCAGUUCCAGGAUUGUUCUACAAAAAUCCGAGGGGGUACUACCCACCACACGUCUACACGGUCAGCGAGUUCCUGAGACUGGUUCCUUACAUCGUCAACAACCCUGACAGGCUGAAAGAGGAGACGGAGAGGUUCCUGAAGCAGCUGAAGAAUGAAGACCAAGCACUGGUGGAAAUGAUAAACAACCAGAGCCUUCCAGUUUAUGAUAUGACAACAGUCAAUGUGUUUUUGAGUUCUGUGAUUGGAUCUGGAACUCAGGAUCUCUACAAGCUUCUCAACGGCUCUGACAGUGAGGUCCUGUUCAGGUCAACUGAGUUACCAUUUAAUGGAGGGCCUACCUUCAGUUUCAACUGCGACACAAAGAAAGCUGUCCCACAUCUUUUGGCUAAAGCGAAAAAAUCAAACAUCCCCGUUCCAGGGUCAGGAGGGUCCGAACUGCUGCAUGUCGCUGGUGAAGAUCUGAUUUAUAAUUUGCAUUUACUUCAGUCUUGUACUCUGGGUACUCACAGGUCAGGGCCGAUGCAGAGAGAGGAUUUCAAUCUGAAGGCUGGUGCUCUGGGGAAGUGGGGAGAGUAGUUUAAGAGACAAAUGAUAGGAAAUGGCAUUAGCUAAAACAUGCACAGCAUCAUGCAUCAGCACAGUUUGGUGUUCUCUGAUGAAUCUUUUAGAAUAGUAAUCUGCUGGUCUGUCUCUGCGUUGGUAAACGUUUUGUGUUUUGAGUUUGUGUAACUGAGCUGAGUUUGAUCCCUCAGUUAGAGCUUUAGUAACAGCGUUAAAAUCAGGUUCGACUUCAAAUCUGGCUUUCAUUUGUCAUCAUUUCUCAUUCCUCUCAGUCAUUUUAAUCCAUUCAGCUCCCUAACAAGAUGAUUAAAGUAAUAGUGGAUCACAGGCUGUGUUCAUGAAUUUAACAUUAAGAGCAUCUGAAUCUGUCCAAACAGUUGUUAAUGAACGGUAUAAACAGGGUCAGUGUAACUCUGUGAUACCACCUCUGCUUGUUUCAUUAAAGACAACAGUUUAAACACA